AUGGCCCGCGCUGCAUCCCGUGAAGAUAUAUCCAUGGACAGUAUGGACGCGGUGGACAUCUUUCGACAUUUGGAUGCCAAUCAAGUGCUUCUUGAAAGAGAGCUGUCUUCUUUCGUUGUUGCCAAUGAAGGUGCACAUACCUAUCCCAGGAACGGGGUCGAGGGAUUACUACAGCUUAAGCAGCUUCCCACCCUUUUCAGGGCGUCUUUCUCGGAUCUUAUCGCAGCGCUGCCGCUUAACGUUUCUGUUGGUACCGGCAUCGAAGAUCCGACUGCGACUCUCACAACUGCCGAUCUACCCAAAAGCCACUAUGCACGGUAUCGAUGCAUCUUCUCCAACGCGGACGGCAUCCAAUGCUCCACGUGGACUCGAAUACCUUACGUUAUCGACACUUAUCUGCGAGGUCUGGCAAGCGUACUAGCCGUUGCAGCCAACUCCAGUAUCUUCAAAGACCGAUUGGAAACACAAUUACAGUCAGGUUUGAAAUUAAUGGUUUGCCAACAACACGACGAAGAAUCGGUUACUACUCAGACCGAAUCCAUGGCCGUUGCGUGCCGUGUUGUUAUCGAAGAAUGGCGGAGUAGCGAACACCGCUGGCGCAGUGCCGGCAAACUUGCGUCGCAGGAGCGGCUCGAGGAAGAAUCUCCCUCGUCCGUCCCAAAAUUGGCUCAAAAUGUCACGCAAGAAGUCAUCAGGCUGCAUGGUGAGAAUGACAAACUUCGGGGAGAGCUCCUGGCAUUACGCGAGCUGUCGAGACUUUCGUAUACCGGCUUGGGUACACCGGGUGACACCACACCGGGGUGA